ACUAAAUUGGGGACAGGAAACAGGGGCACCGGAGUAGGAAGCAGAACGCCAUUAGAUUGGGAACCAAGAAUGAAGAAAAUCAUUGGAGCGGUGAGGGGAAUCACCCACAUUCACUCCCAAUUCGACGGCACAACCUCAACCUCCACCGCCGGUGGUGCCGAAUCCGUUCACGGAAACAUCAAAUCCUCCAACGUCCUCCUCACCGCCAACCUCGACGCCUGCAUCUCCGACGUUGGUCUAGCUCCGCUGAUGAACUUCCCGGCCACAAUGUAUCGAACCAUGGGGUACAGAGCUCCCGAAGUGAUUGAGACCCGGAAACCCAGCCAGAAAUCAGACGUCUAUAGGUUAGGCGUCCUGCUGCUGGAAGCUCUGACGGGGAAAACGCUGAUGAGAGGUCCCCUCGGCGGUGGUGGUGCGUACGACGAGGUGGUGGAUCUGCCGAGGUGAGUGAGGUGGGUGGUGGGGGAGGAGUUGACGGCGGAGGUUUCCGAUGCGGAGCUGGUGAGUAGCCGAAGCGUGGAGGAGGAUAUGGUGCAGAUGCUGCAGAUCGCGCUGGCUUGUGUGGCGAAGGGUCCCGAGAUGCGGCCCACCAUGGAUGAAAUCGUGAGGUUGAUUGAGGGAAUUGUUUGACCUAAUGCUGCAGUAGAGAGGAAGAGUGAAAGCGAAAACACCAACGUCUACGAGCACCAUGAAUGAGGAUGAAGAAAGGGGAAUCAGAGAC